AUGCCAGUCUGUGAUGGCUGUGGUUGCACAUUUAGUGAGAGUGGGUACUCACGUCACCUUGCACAAACCAGGAAUUCUGCCUGUGUUAGCAUCUACGAGGACAUGCGCAACUACAUGCCUAGCAGUCCAGGUCACUCACCACAGCCCACCAAUGAUGAUGGGCUGCACAAUGAUGAUGGGCCGCACCUAUUUGAAGGUGAUUUUUUCAAUACUACACCGGACGACCUUGAAUGGCCUGUAGACGAUGAAGAUGAUGUUGAGGUGGUGGGUGAUGACGAUGAAGAUGAGGAAAUUGAGGGCGAAGGUGGAGUGGCUGAACAAGAGACAUAUUGGGAACCUCCUAGUAUGCAAAGUGCCGAAGAACCGGAGAUGAAUGAGAAUAUUCCCAUGGAUGAACAAGGCAAUGCUGACGACGACAUUGAUGGCCAACGCACUCGUCGUCACGAAGCCGAACUUCCUCUGGACCAUCACCCUCAUAUUGCAACCUUUCCGCUUCGCACUGCUGGAGCCACAAUUGAUGAAAUUGUUAAUGGAAUUAGCUGUGUCUGGGCCCCGUUCACCUCACAUAUUGACUAUGAAGUUGCCCAGUGGGCCAAGCUGAGGGGGCAAGGUUCGACUGCCUUCUCAGAUCUACUUAACAUUGACGGUGUUUGCGAACGGCUUGGCCUCUCUUACAGGAAUUCUCGCGAGCUAAACCACAUUAUCGACAGCAAAAUCCCUGCCCACCGUCCUUGUUUUAGGCGCCAGGAGAUCCUGGUUGCUGGCGAGGCCUUUGAUGUAUACUUUCGGGAUAUCCUACAAUGCGUCAAGGCACUGUUCGGAGAUCCGGAACUUGCACCUCACCUGGUAUUUGCCCCCGAACGACACUAUUCCGAUGAGGACAAGACUCAGAGGAUAUAUCAUGAUAUGUAUACAGGCAAUUGGUGGUGGCAUACGCAGAUACUUGUUGGUUAUCUUCCCACAACAAAGCUGGAGCACAUCACCAACAAAGCAGCACGGCGUCGUUGUCUUGCGAAUCUUUUUCACGCAUGUGUCCGUCACAUUGUUGAGCCACUCAUUGUGCCAGGCAAGGAUGGGAUGUCAAUAGCCAGCGGUGAUGGAGUCCUUCGUCGUGGUCACCCUCUUUUGGCCUGUUAUAUUGGAGAUUACCCAGAGCAACUCUUGGUGACUGGGAUGAAGACUGGAGAGUGUCCGAAAUGUGAUAUACCUUCGACGGAGCUUGGGAGCAAAGAUCUACCUUUUGAGAUGCGUGAUUUGGAUCAAAUCUUACAUGCACUCGCUCUCGUCGAUGAAGAUCCGACUCAAUUCACCAAGGCUUGUCGAGAUGCAGGAAUAAAACCACUUUAUCAUCCUUUCUGGGAGGGACUCCCGCACUGUAAUAUAUAUAAUGCAAUCACUCCCGACGUUCUCCACCAAAUAUAUCAAGGCCUUGUCAAACACCUUAUCUCUUGGAUCAAAUCAGCUUACGGCAAGGCCAAAAUUGAUGCGCGGUGCAAAUGUUUGCCUCCGAAUCACAAUAUCCGCCUAUUUAUGAAAGUAAGCGGUACGGAGCACCAGCAAAUAUGCCGCUUUCUUCUGGGCCUAAUCAUUGACAUCUGUUUGCCUGAUGGGGCAUCCCCUGUUAGACUGAUUCGCGCAGUUCGAGGCCUCCUCGACUUCUUAUAUCUCGCGCAGUACCCAUGUCAUUCGGAUCUGACAUUAGAGCUUCUGAGUGGUGCACUGAACCGAUUUCACGACAACAAGUCUAUCUUUGUGGAUCUAGGUAUCCGAUCAUCAUUCAACCUCCCAAAGCUCCAUUCUUUCCGACACUACGUUACGAUGAUUCGAAUGUUCGGAACCACUAACAAUUAUAACACUAAAUAUACAGAACAACUUCACAUUGAUCUAGCGAAGGAUGCAUACUGCGCGACAAAUCACAAGGACGAAUACAUGCAAAUGACCCUCUGGCUCGAGCGACGAGAGAAGAUGCUGUGGCACGAUAAAUUUAUUCAAUGGCGUCUACACAAUGGUGCUGCCCCAGCUCAUGUCCCUCAAUCGCGUCAUCCCCUACCCCACUCCGACCUUGUAUAUCUGCGACAAUCAAAGCUAACAAAAAACCCAUCUGUUAAACGGGUGACAUUUGCGUCCCUAGCUGAGCAGUAUGGUGCUGUACAUUUUCAAGCUGCUGUGGCUCGUUUCGUCGUGCAAGUGACACAGCCUGAUUUGACUGUGAGGCAGUCUGAAGAGGCUGCCUGCCAUGUCAAUCUACCAUUCCAGUCAGUUGCGGUAUUCCACAAGGUCCGCUAUAGUACUGUGGGUGAUGAUGGCAUGCUAAACAAUGUCACCGUUGACGCAAUCCAUGCGAGACCUGCCCGACAUGACUGCCACAACAGGAAAGUUCCAGCGAGGUUUGAUACUGCACUUGUAAAUCUGGGCAAUGGCGGAAAAAUGGGAUAUCGUGUUGCGCAAGUUCACGUGGUCUUCUCACUGUCGGCCAAUGUCAAACGUGCACUGUUUGGCAAUGUCAAUGUGCCUGACCACCUUGCUUACGUCGAAUGGUUCACACCAUUCACUGCACCAGACAUUAACCAUGGAAUGUAUAAGGUUUCACGCGCACUUUAUGAUGGUGACAGGCAAUCCAGCAUUGUCCCUAUUCGCAAUGUUCGACGGUCCAUUCACUUAAUACCCAAGUUCGGGACAGUAGCUCCACGUGAAUGGACUACGAGCAACGUAUUAGACCGGUGUAGCACUUUUUUUGUAAACAACUUCACUGACCGAGAUGCAUAUGUAACUGUAUUCUAG